AAAUAUAUAAUAACAAAGAUGGAGAAAAUUCUUAUAUGUUUCCUCUUUAUAUUUUUUAUCUCUAUCCAGCAAAUAGACUCUUUACUUAUAUUUAGGCAUUUCAACAUCCAAAUUUCGAAUCAACUUGGAGGUAACAAACAGCUUAUGAUCAAUUGUAGAUCCGGCAAACAACAAGCAACCAAAGUUGAUUUUCUUCCCUUUAAUACCGUAUGGACACUCAAGUUCACAGUUUUCCCAAAAACUUUGAUAUGGUGCAACGUAUGGAUGGGACCUAACUAUGUGCAUCAUGCGAAGUUUAACGCAUUUAUUGGGAAAGAAAGUUUUAUACAUGAUAUAUGUGGAGGGAGAAAACCUAACAUAUGUUUCUGGCAAGCGCAAGAAGAUGGAAUUUAUGUACGAAAUAAUGCAACUGGAACCUUUAAGUUAAUGUAUAAAUGGGAUUCGACCAAUAUCAAAAAACUUUAAAUAAAUUAGAGACUUAUUUUCAAUAAGACAGAUUUUGUUUAAAACCAAGAUAAGAAAAUGGUAGUCUAUUAAUAUUUCGUUUAGUAAAAUGUGUUGUUGUUUGAUCUACAAAAUUA